CAAAUGAUAUGCUUGAAUUAAAUCGAUCAAUCUUCCGCGCGCGACUGCUUUCUCCGUGCGCAAACCAUCGUUUUUAAACGAAAAUGCUGCGUUGCGGUGCUGGCGUAAAAGUGUCCGACGUUGAUGCCAGCGAUAGGCUGUUACUUUCUGGCCCACGGAGGAGUAAAAAACCCCUGCCCCCCUUGGACAAUUGGCUCGAGGAUCUAGACCUAGAGCGUUAUCUGCCAAGUAAAGUCUAUAGCGAAGAGGAUCUGAGCUCAGUAGUGCGACGAGUGGGUCGAGACGCGGGCAAGUACUACCUCCCUCCGAAACCCAAGACAAAACUUGAUCGUCAGUUGGAUACUUGUGGGCAGUCCGCUGAUUUGUGGCACAUCACUCAAACCCAGGCAGAGAUGCGUCGUAAGCGCGAAACCGUUAGAAACAUGAAGGUCCUCAAGAGUCGUAUCUCGGAUGAGAUUAUCGAUUAUGAUCCAGACCUAGACAAACGCGUUGCUGAACAACUAAAAUAUCAGGCAAAGUUCCUCAAGGGCAAAUCCGCCAAGGCCAUCGAAAAACAACUGCUCACUGAAAGCAACAGAAACAUUCAAACGGGUUCGGGUAUGGAUCUGGUUAAAUUUGAUCUUAGCCAAGGGUCAACUGUGGACCAAGUAAGAAAGCACAACGUAUCCGCGCAUGCGAGUCUCAUGUGUCAAAGAUUGGAAGCCGAAGUGGACAAUAGUUUCAUGGCCCCGUUGGAAAGCCUAAACGCCGAUCUAAAGUCGUUCGACAAGAAGAGCACCACGUACUUCAUGGCGAAAAGGUGA